AUGCUGAAGCGGGGCUCACUGACGGGAGGAUCCUCUCGGCGCAAUGGAUGGGCAGACAGUGUGUCGGAGCGAGAUUCAUCCCCACGAUCUCGCUCAUCGUCGCCCCGACUGACGCGAAGAAAAACGAAAAAGAGAGACAGCAGCGCCUGGGAGUCGAGUGAUGGAGCCGUGCAGGACAAGAAAGAAAGGCUCAAGAAGGCAGGAAGGAUGAAGCGAGCUCCAUUACUCGAUUACCCCAUUGUAGAGGCUGUGUACAGCGCCAUGGCGGGGCAAGCGCAACGACGAGCGAGUCGUUAUUGGCUCGAUCAGUUCGCUAAGUACGAGGAUACAAGGCGACCUGGAGUGAUCAAGGCUGAUAAGUUUACGAGGUGUUUGAAUAAAAUGGGGAUCCAGCUAAACAAAAGGGAACACUAUGAAGCACUCGCGGACUGUUUUAAGGUAAGAGACGGAGAAGGAGACGACACUAACAGCGCGAAUAACAAUAAGGAGAGAGCGACACAACUCGUCGACUACGCUGCAUUUGUCGACUUUGCGUGCAACGUUCGAGACUCAGAAAAGCUGAGUGAAAUCUCAGAUUCACUGCGUGAAAGUAUCUCGAAAUACGACGGGAAGAAGCACUCGUCAAGUUCUUAUAACCUGGCAACAGGACUUGAAAAACUCGAUCGACACAAAAGAGGGUGGAUCACUUCGACGCAGUUUAAGCGAGCCCUGCAACGUGAAGAAGGACCAUCAUUUGACCUAUCUGCAUCCCAGAUUAAUACUCUCGUGGAUCGCUUUGAAUACGAGUACGAAAAGAAGCAGCUUGGUAUUGACUAUAUGCAGUUUGCACAAUGGCUACAGCCGCUUCUUCAUCUCGAUGUGAAGAAGGUUCACGAACGAGUGAAGCUACUGAUUGAAGACGCAGGAUUAAAACAUGGUUGGAAAUUAGAGGAGGUUUUUAAAGCAAUGGAUGAUGACAAAGAUGGAGAGAUUGGUGCAGUGGAGUUGAAAGAAGCUCUUCUGGAAAUGGGUCUUCCACUAACAGACGCGCAGAUCCGGUGCUUGACGGACGAAUACGAUAUCGACGGGGACGGUAAAAUCCAGUACAAUGAAUUUCUCUCCUUAUUUACGUCGUCUGGUAAGAAACGGGUAGAGAUUAAAAAGAGGAAAGGUGGUAAUCAAAGUGAUACAGAGAGCACGACGAGCAGGAGAAACAGACCCAAGCGGAAUGUCCGGAACUCGUUUAGCUGGGGAAUCACGAAGGCGUUUGCACGGAAGCAAGCAGCAAAAAGCGACAGCAGUAAGAGUAUGACUGACAAACGCCGUGCGAAAGAUGAAACAUCACCGUCUUCAGAGGGAGAUAAUAGUGAAGCAACAGUUAAGAGGAAACCCCCACGGCGGCGACAGGAGCGAGAUGAAACUUCGAGUGAGGAGGCUACUGAAAAGCGGACAAUGACAACGAAACGGAGAAGUCGGAACCAACACUCGGACUUUGACGAAGCAAAACGUGUUAGUAGCUCUGCCUCAGACAACCAAAGUAGACAGAAUUCUACAGCUAAAUCCAGACGCAAUAUGGUUAGCAAACGAACUGCUCGGUUAUCCUCAACCGAGACCGAGCAAGAGGGUUCAGGCCGCGAACAAAGAAAGAGACGAGAAAGCAGAACUAAACGCAAGGUCAAAGAGAAGACUACAAGUUCUAGAAGUGACGAGGAAGGUAAAGCACAAGACAGCAGUAUCUCUGACGCUCCCAAGCGCUCGUUUAAAGAACGAUCUAGUUUACGAAACACUGAUAAAAGUUUUAGAGAAACGCUGAAAAGGGGUCGUAGUAGGAGAUCGGCUUCAAGAUCAGCUCCUAGAUCUCGCAGCCGCCAAAGAUUGUCACGAAGACACUCACAUCACCGUCGUACAACUUUAAGCCCACGACGAAGACGUAGUGUCAGUAGGUCACGGUCAAUGCGAUUGCGACGAUCUACACGUAACAAUUCUGCGUAUGAUAGCGAAGAAGGCGACAACCCUGGUUUCUCAGACAAUAAUGACUCGUCAUCCGGUCUGGAUGUCGAUGAACUACGCCGAUUCCAGCGAGCAAAAGGUCCACGCACUAUCCGGAGACGUAGCUAUGUCCCGAGUAUGUAUGGUGACGAGACUGACGAAGAACCUGAUGAAAAUACUUGGGAUGACUCGGAAAACAGUGAGACCGAAGACGGCGGAGAAGAAUGGAGCCGAUCAGACGAAGAAUAUCACAAACAUCUCAAGCGCUCACUCCGUCGAGCGUUUGACUUCUUCGAUCUGGAUCAGACUUCCACUAUAGACAAACGCGAGCUUAGUCACGUGCUACGAGCUUUAGGUCAUGAAUUUACUACGAAAGAACUGGAAGCGGAAAUGGCGAGCGCUGACCUGGAUCGGAACGGGCAACUGGACUUCCACGAGUUCGUGGCGUUCGUGAAGAAACAACUCGCCAAGAAAACGUAUUUACUGUCCCAGCAACGCGAAAUGGAAAUCCGCCAGUCCUUCCAGUCACUUGAUACCGAUAAAAACGGUGCUUUGGACGAGCAAGAGUUCGAGUAUCUGAUCUACAAAGUGUUGCAAGUGGAACUUUCGAUCGAGGAGCAAGCUGCUCUGCUGGAUUUUGUCGACAAAGACGCCGACGGUUUAAUCAGUGAAGAGGAAUUCAUUGCGUUUAUGAAGGAGUUGGAGACUCUGAACCGUAAAUACAGUGGCAAAGGUGGUUGGAAAAAGCAGAAAGAGUUCAUAGAAUCUCUCGACGGCAUCUCACAGCUGGCGUACUCUGCAAUGAAGAAGCUUGUGCGUGGUGCUCCAAUGGACAUCGAUCGAAGCUUGCUCAUGUUCUUCGGUAUCCCUUCCAACUUCCGUCCAGCGAUCUCGUCGGCAGCCACGUGCCGUACACUAAAGCGCAACACAAUGGAGCACGUUCUUUCAUUCCCUUCACCUCAAACCAUCGAGGCUUUGGCACUAGACACCAGAGUGGGUGACAAGAAGUCGUGGUUUACACUAAAUCGUCUUGAUACAAACAGCGAAGAAUAUCGAAUGCUGCAAAUAGCGGAAGGCGUAGAGGCUCAAGCGAUUGUAUCACUGAAGAGAGCAGCCGGUGUACCAAAACCUUUCGACACGAGAGAAGACGAUGUAGUGAAGCGCUGCGUUCAUGUGUGUUUAUUUCAAGAGCUAGAAGUAACUUCUGCUACCGCUAGGCGUCGAAGAGAGGCCACGACUAAAGCAAAUGGCUUGAAAGUUACAGGGACUGUGGUGGGGAAUGUGCAUGAAAUCCCCGUGUAUUGGCAUCAGGGAGAAGAGGACGUGUGGGAAUUCUCAAAGAAAUCCACCAAACAGGACAAGUACAAGUUCCUCGUGCGUACAAACGCCGUGAAUGAUCAUUUGUACUUGCUGGUAGAGUUUAUUGUUCAUCUCAGAUUAAGCCCUGAAGAGCAUCAGGCAAAGAAGAAGCGCUCUAAACGUCGGAUACCAGCUCAGGAUCGAGAUGACAGUGGCGACGAGAGUAGUGUGGACGCAGAAACGCGAGAAAUGGUGUGCUGUUGGUGCAAGAUCCCAGUCCGACAAUUGCUGGCUAAACGCUCUGGAAUUUUACGUCGAAAAGAAAAGUUGUGGGGUGGCACUGCAAACGCCCCGGUGGAUAUCGAGCAGGACGAAUUACUCCGACGACGAACUGGGUGGCGCGCUGUCACGAACAUGUUCACGAAGCCAUCUCCUCCACUCAUGGGCAUCAAAAGCGUGCCUAUUGUUGCUUUAUCUGAAGAUCUUCAACUUUAUGUCCGGAAAAUGCCGCCAAUUGUGAUAGCGCCGUUCGUGUCACUUCCGAUCCUGGCCGAGUAUAUGUCACUCGUGAGGAAAACUCUCGCCUGCGUUGCCAGCUCCUCAUCAGUGGUGACAUGCGAACCUGCUCUCAAACUGUUACCGAAAAUUGUGGACGACCACGUCGCGCUGUCAAUUUUCCGGAAGGCGUUUGACUCGGAAGUGGCAGGAAUGAAAUCUGGCGAGGAGCGGCAACAGAAGUUUCAGCAGCUUGUGCUUCGCAUGUGGCCGUCGUUCGUGCACUGGCAGGAGCGACUCCCUCCUUCGCUCUUGCCUCCAGUCAAACUACCUGGCUUGGCUCCAAACUCCAAAGCACCAGCUAGUAUCCCACCGAAAGGCGUAUCUGCGACUACCGCCACUGCAGAUGAAGAGGACCCUCAAGUGGCAGCUCAAAUGAGACUCAACUUGUUGCAGACUACGGCAUCGGGCAAACUGCGCCUACAAGACGUCCGCGUGACGUCCACGCCUUUCCACGUGCGUGAAGUUGCCUUCCGCCGCUUGUUGUAG